ACAGCUGGUGCCGGCAGCAGCCGCGGGCUGGAGGCUGCAGUCACGGCGCCUAGGAACGGGCUGCGCUGCAGGUGUCCGGCCGAGCGGCUAGGGUGGGCGGCGCCAGACUUGGGGCUCCUCCUGGAGGAAAGUGGAGGAAGGAAGAGAGGCAGCUGCAGCAGCCACCGGCCCUGCACAGGAAGAACUUUGGCUGACCGACCCUUCAUUUUUGAAAAUGGCGGGUGAAAUCACAGAGACCGGGGAGCUUUACUCUCCCUAUGUGGGCCUCGUGUACAUGUUCAACCUGAUCGUGGGCACCGGCGCACUCACCAUGCCCAAGGCCUUCGCCGCUGCCGGCUGGCUCGUCAGCCUCGUCCUCCUGGUGUUCCUGGGCUUCAUGAGCUUCAUGACAACUACCUUUGUGGUGGAAGCCAUGGCAGCGGCCAACGCCCAGCUCCACUGGAGGAGGAUGCAAACCCCCAAGGAGGAGGAAGACGACGACUCUUCCACGGCCUCCGACAGCGACUUUCUCCAGGACAACUACGAGCAGGCGGAGAAACUGCCCAUCCUGUCUGUGCAGAGACGUGGAUCUCCCAGCCUCUUUGGAAUCACAGACCGGGUGGAAAUGGGACAGAUGGCCUCCAUGUUCUUCAGUAAAGUGGGCGUCAAUUUGUUCUAUUUCUGCAUCAUCAUCUACCUGUAUGGGGACCUGGCCAUCUAUGCGGCAGCCGUGCCUUUCUCCCUCAUGCAGGUGACCUGCAGCGCUGCCGGCAACGACUCCUGCGGCGUGGAGGCUGACAGCAAGCACAACGACACUGACGUGUGCUGGGGUCCCAUGCGCCGAGUCGAUGCCUACCGCCUCUACCUGGCUGCCUUCACGCUCCUCCUCGGCCCUUUCACCUUCUUUGACGUCCAGAAGACCAAGUACCUGCAGAUCCUGACCUCCCUGAUGAGAUGGGUCGCGUUCGCCACCAUGAUCGUGCUGGCCCUGGUCCGCAUCGGGCGUGGGCACGGGGAGGGCCGCCCGCCCCUGGCCGACCUCUCCGGGGUCCGGAACCUGUUCGGGGUGUGCGUCUACUCCUUCAUGUGCCAGCACUCGCUGCCGUCCCUCGUCACCCCCGUGGCCUCCAAGCGGCACCUCACGCGCCUGGUGCUGCUGGACUACGUGCUCAUCCUGGCCUUCUACAGCCUCCUCUCCUUCACCGCCAUCUUCUCCUUCCGCGGCGACAGCCUCCUGGACAUGUACACGCUCAACUUCGCCCGCUGCGACGUCGUGGGCCCGGCCGCCAUCCGCUUCUUCCUGGGCCUCUUCCCCGUCUUCACCAUCAGCACCAACUUCCCCAUCAUCGCCGUGACGCUCCGCAACAACUGGAAGACGCUCUUCCACCGCGAGGGCGGCACCUACCCGUGGGCGGUGGACCGCGUGGUGUUCCCCGCCAUCGCCCUGGCGCCGCCCGUGCUUGUGGCCUUCUGCACCCACGACCUGGAGUCCCUGGUGGGCAUCACGGGGGCCUACGCGGGCACAGGCAUCCAGUACGUCAUCCCCGCCCUCCUGGUCUAUCACUGCCGCAGGGACACCCAGCUGGCCCUGGGCCCCGGGGCCCUCAACAAGCACAGGUCCCCCUUCCGCCACACCUUCUGGGUGGCCUUCGUGCUGCUCUGGGCUCUCUUCUGCUUCUUCUUCGUCACGGCCAACAUCGUCCUCAGCGAGACCCAGCUCUGAAGGCCGAGCCGCUGCACGUCCGGGGUGCCGGGAGGGGCUCCGGCCCACCCCAGCCUCCCCACCCACUAAGCCAUGACACUGUCACCCCCCCCGACCUCCAUGAGAACGGGUGAGGCCGGGGCUCUUGGGGCGGGGGGGUCCCUCCACAGCUCCAGUUGGGGUCUUCUCCCCACCUGGCCUCUCCCCAGGUCCUCCCGCAGGGGCCGCUCCAGCCAGCCGAGGCCUGGGCACACGACACUCCCGGAGCCGGACUUGGGGCAGGACUCGUCCGCUCAGCUUUACACACACAUCCACCCCCACCCGCCUGCGGUGGGAGAGGCAGUGCGGGCGCUGCUGCUUAUUUAUAAAGGACACGUGGUCACCUCCUCCGCCCCCCCAGCCCCCCCCAUCCUUGUUCUGGGACAUCGGCUCCACUGGUGGCUGCUGUCUCCUCACAGGCGACCCCCAGGCCCUAGCCCUGCUCCCCACCGGGCCUGGGAGUUGCUGAGUGCUACCCCGAGGGGGUCCUGGCCAGCCCAGAUCACAAGACCAGGACAUGCUAAUUGGCACCAGGGCUCCCAGCCUGAGCUACAAGGGCCCUUGCUGUGGGCGCCAGCUUCGGUUCUGGGUCCUGAGCCCGUGGUGUGCUCCAGAGCAGGCUGGGGUGUGCUCUGUGCAGGGAGACAGCAGCCCAGAAGCUGGGUUUCAGAGCCCCAGCUCAGGAUCCCUGAAGGGGGUCUCUGCUCUCCUGACUUCCUCACUGGAGCCCACAGGGGCCUCCUGCAGGGUGGGCUGCAGCUAGAGGGAGGUACCACCCACCUGCCACCCUCAGUGGCUCAGGAGCACCUCUGGGCAUGUAGUGGGAGGGGGCUCCGUGGUCCCCCUACUGGAGGUCAGGUCACAGGGCAGAGGUCGGCUUGGCCAUCCCUGCCCCGAUUACACACUAGGGUGGCUCCCUGGGGAGCUGGGCCAGGGAUGCUUAGUGCUCACACCCUCCACCCCCUCGGGCCCCGGGGAGUGAGAUGGAGCACCCGGCCCCAUCCCCGUGGAAGGAGGGCAGGCUCCCAGCCACCUGCAGCUCCCCCAGGCGCCUCCCUUGGCUACCACGCACGCACGGGCUGGCCUGCCACCCUCAGACCCAGCAGGCUGGUGGGCGCUGCAUUCUCAAUGUGCCUUCUUCCGCUUCAGGGCCUGGGGUCCCCCAACCUCCCUGGCUUGACCCCAGCCCUGGGCCUGGGCCCACCUGUCCUGGAGCCCAGAGUAGCUGGCCCGGGAGCUGCCUCUGGCUGGGGCCUCAGGGCCGUGCCCCCACCCCUGUGAUUCCAGUGCCUUGCUCAGCCCUCUCGUUAGGGAACCGUCCCCUCCGCCGCCGCCUGCAUCUACCCGUCGUCCUCCCUGGGGCAGAGCAGUGACAUGGCCAACGCUGGGGCUCCUGGGGCCCCAGGUGCUCUGAGGGGAAAGGGACAGGGUGCAUGGGGAUGUGAUGGCCUUAAGAAAGAAGUCCACUGGGGGGUCCUCAGGCAGGGCCCCUCCUCCCCCGGCCCCCACAGCCCAAACGUGUGAAAAUCCCUGCACUUCAACCCGCAUUCUCCCUCAGAUUGUCCCACAAAUAAUGACCUUCCAUCCAUAGGAGAAAUAAAGGCCCCCUCCCCAUCUGCCACUGUGGCUGCUUCCCCGGAGGCCCUACCCCUGGGUUGGCAGAGCAGGGAGGGCACCGCCACGGCAGAGCCGAGAAUAGUGACGACCUGGCCCGGCCGACUGGCUCUGGUGCUCCCUGGAGCUGCCCGGCUGUUCACUGAAACCUCCAUCAAAACAUCUGUGCUGCCCCUUAUCCAAUUCCACUCCCUCUCGCUUAAAGACGAAGCAAAUUAAGUCAUUCUGCCACCCCAGGCUCCAAACCGAAUUCUGGAUGUAAAUUUAUUAGCAUCGUAAAGCCCAGGGUGAUUAGUGUGACAUCCUGGAGCCACAUGCAGUGGUGGACUCAGCUGGCUGCAUCUCACCCCCCCCCCCAGCUGGGGCAGCCCCAGGCCUGAGGGUAAUCAGCCCCUGGGACCCUCGCCACUGCCACCAUUUCUGGGUUUCUACUCGGUGUUCACCAGGCUGUCUGACCAGGUGUCGGGCGGGGACACCCUCCUCUCCAGCCCCUGCCACUGACAGCCAGGGGGAGAGGACCCCCACAGCCAGACACCCCCCAUGUGAUGCUCACCCACAGCACGUCAACUGGAUGAGGCGGGCACCUCGGGUCACGAUUUCCAGUUUACAGGUGGGGCCGGGGUCCCCCGUGAGCUGGUGGUGGGGAGGGCAGGUGUACAGGUGUCGCUCGGGGGGAGAGCUUCAACCCAGCAGCCUCCGCCCCACGUUGUUGCACCCGCACUGCCCCCCAUGGACCCCCACGGGCAGGCCCGGUCAAGGUGGGGAGUCCACGUCCUUCACCUGGCUCCCCACCCGAGCACCAGGCCCGCCUGAGCCCCAGAGCCGUGUGCCAGCAGCUCCUGGCUGCUCCCUCACCUGAGGCGGCUGCGGGCAGAUGGCAGGUGCCAGGCGGGAGGUGGGCAGUGGGCAGCUGGCCAGGCCCUGAGCCACACAGCUGUUCUCACCACAUGAGGCCAAGCACAGCCUCAGCAACAGGCAGAGGCCAAAGCAGCGCGGCAGGGAGGAUGGGCCUCUGCUCCUCGCCUCUUGGGAUGCCAACCUGCAGGGGGGAACCUGGCAAAGCCAGGCCCGGGGGCUGCUCCACCAUGGGGAGGAGACUUCAAGCCUGUCUAGGGGUGGGGUCCCUGAGCAAGGCUGGUGCCCUGCCCAGUCCCAGCAAAUGGCCCCCAGAAAGCAGGAGCCAGGGCUGCAGGAGGGAGAUUUUUGGUCCCUUCUCCAUGGGGCUUGGGGCCGAUGGCCUCCUUGACAGAUGGCAGAAAGGGAGAAGUCGCAUCUGUUGCGUGCCGGGUUCUCUCUCUGAGGACUUUGGCAGCACAGCUCAGUGGCUGUAGCUGUGGGCGAAGUGGCUGCACCCGCCACAGCAGGCAGCCCCUGUGAUCCGUUCCUCCUCCUGGCAAGGUGGGGUGGCAGCACCUGUGUCACUGACCAGGUAGGAGGUAAACUGAGUUGAGUGCCAGCACAAGAGUGCUCAAUAAAGCUGUUAUUUACUGG